UUUUCAGCUGUACCUACAUCUCAAAGGAUUGUUGGUGGAUCAGCGACGAACAUCAGACAGUAUCCUUCUGCCGUGGCUCUGCUGUACGCACCAAAUAUUAUAUUCGCUUACAAACAAGAAUGUGGUGGUACAUUGCUCAAUAGAAGAUCCAUUCUGACCGCUGCUCAUUGCCCAUACCUCGAUCCUCCCAGCAGGUGGCGUGUCCACGUAGGUUCUUCCCAUCCGACUUAUUAUGGAACCUCCUACGGCUUUACCAGAUUUAUCUACCAUCCCAAUUUCAACGUAAAUACUCGGGACUCUGACAUCGCUAUAUUGCGUACCGCCUCUAAUGUAGAGAUGAGUGCCCUUGCCCAGCCUGCUGGUAUUGCUGGUGCCAACUAUAACCUUGGCGAUAACCAAGUCGUUUGGGCUGUAGGAUGAGGCAGGACUCAACCUAACAACGCAGUCGGCUCCAGUCAGCUUCAACACGUUCAGAUCUGGACUAUAAACCAAGCCAUUUGCCGUCAACGCUAUGCCGCUGCCAGUCGCACCAUCACUGACAACAUGCUGUGUGCUGGCGUCCUCGACGUCGGUGGUCGUGGCCAGUGCAAUGGCGAUUAUGGAGGUCCCCUUUACCACAACAAUGUAGUUGUUGGUAUAAGCUCCUUCGGCAUCGGUUGCGACCAUCCCGUUUACCCUGGCGUCAAUGUGCGUGUAUCUCGUUUCACCCAGUGGAUUAUAAACAACGCUUAAGCAAUGGUUCUAAAUAAAUUGAUCAAGCAAAUAUA